GGCUUCUCCGAAGCUCAGACACAAUGAACCGUCAGACGGCGAGCGACACGCUUGUUGGCCCGGAGGCAUUGGCACGGUGCUAGCGCAAUAUUAUUAUCUUUUUCUUUUCAAAUAUAUAUACAUACUUUGUUUUCUUUUACAGCAUUUUUCGCUGUAUGGCUGUAACGAGGCUGAAGGGGAAACGGUUGGUUCGUCGAGUUUGAUGAGAACGAGGUCAGGCUUACUGUAGACUACCGUUAGCCCCUCCUGGCGGAUUAUUUCUUUCCGUUUUUUUUUAAAAGAUAAAGCCACCCACCAAACAAGGCAGAUAACAAUGUCGUUGACUGCUUCGUCUGAUUAUUUCGCCGCCGAGUGUCUAGUGUCGAUAUCCAGCGGCCCGGUCCUGCACAGACCCACCCCGGUCGCCCCCGCCAGUCAGUCGGCCCCGGUGGGCCUGCUCCCUGGGGAGCCCGAGGUGUCGUGCGAGGACAGGGAAGUGCGGGAGGCGCUGAGGCUGGAGGGGGGCAACAUCAUGGCGGUGGCCGGUAUCCUCACCGACCUACACGGCAAGUUCCGCCCCAUGUCGGCCUACUCGGAGAGCAGCAACUCCUCGUGUGGCGGGGAGAGCGGUUACACCACGUUGUCCGACCCCACCACCCCGACCAUGACCCCCUCUGCCACCCCUGUCCCCGGGCAUCAGCAGCAGCUACGGGGGGGUGGAGGAGGAGGCGUGGGGGCCCCGCGGUCCCCAGUGAAGCGACAUCAGUGCACUUUUGAUGGAUGCGACAGAGUUUACGGCAAAUCGUCCCACCUGAAGGCACACAUCCGGACACACACAGGUGAGAGGCCUUUCCCGUGCACCUGGCCUGACUGUGAAAAGAAGUUUGCCCGCUCCGAUGAGCUCGCCCGCCACACCCGCACCCACACAGGGGAAAAACGCUUUCUGUGCCCACUAUGCGAUAAGCGCUUCAUGCGCAGCGACCACCUGAUCAAGCAUGCCCGUCGCCAUCCUGACUUCAAGCCCUCCAUGUUGGGCCGCAACAAAGGCGCGUCCUCCUCUCCCAGCCCAGUCAUGCACCACUAGAAUGGUUUGGGUUGGGGGUUUCCUAGCAGGAGCACCGGAGGUCACCGUGGUUUCAAGUUACCCAGCUACAAUCAGAUCCACUGACUAGGAAUUAGCAUUGCUGUGUUGUACUCAAAAACUUCUCCCUACACAAACACACACGUACAUACCACGAACACAGAGCUGGAUGUGAGGUUGAAGCAGCUUCAUCCCUCCAUCAACAGUCAUGUGACCACUAUCUACCUGCUCAACAUAACUAGGGUUGGGUAUCUAGAAUACUCCAAAUCCAUAAGAGGUGGGGGUUUGUCAAGAAAUGUGCCUACCGAUUCCACUCAGCGUUUCCCGAAAAAUAAGCUAGGACCUAUAUACUUCAAUUAAAUGGUGAGUUACACGUGUAUCAAAGUACGUGUAUAAUGUUUACAAUACGACGGGCCUAGGUUCACUUAUGAAAGAUAGUAAUGAGGCACUGAAAUUUAACCUCUGCAUGAAAAUACAAGCAAAUGUAAAAACCUCUUUAAAAACAUUAACUACAGAAUGGGAACAUUUUAGAUUUCCUUCAUGACAAUUAAAUGAAACACAUUUUAUAGUUCACACAACCAGAUCUGAGAAUGUGUUUUCAUCACAUUGAUGCAAAACACUGCAGUCAUGGUCAUUGACUAAUACAACAAAAUUAUUGGGCUUUUAUGGCUUAGAAAGCAAAAUAAAAUGUAAAACCAUUCUACUUGCCAUAACAAAGAUGGUUUAAAAAUAUUUUUUUGUUUUUUAACCAAGAAGAAUUGGCUAAAUACUUUUGUCAUUUAUCACUUGUUGAUGGCAGCCUAAACCUAAUGAAAUUUUGUUUUUUAGUAUGAAUAUACUUCGGUUUCUUCUAUUACUCAGGAUUCGAUUGGAAAAGGAAUCAUUAAGCAGAUUUUAUUCGACAUACCCAACCCGAACAAUAACCACAUUAUCUCAGAAACACAACUUGCAGGGAUUCCUCACAUUUUUGCUACAAAUCUCCACCUUCAUAAGCCCAAAUACCUGUUUUCUUGUGGUUGAUUUGUAGAUUGUUUUUUACUCUUCACUACUGCUUAUUCACCAUGAGUAACACAAAGUUGUGAUGUUAGGUAGCAAGGCGGUGAGUAAAAGCCUUUUUAGUUUGUUUUUUUAUUUAUAUUUUUAGCUUUGCUCAUUCCAUUUAAAGUUUUAGACCAUACCUAUAACUUUGUUUUUUUAUUGCAUUGGUAACCAUUAUUGAGUCAAACUUGUAAUCUUUUCUUUUCAUCCGUACUAAUGAUCAAAUAAUGAUUUUGCUAGAAAGUGGAUCAGCUGUAUAGUAGCUGUUUGCACGCCAUCCUUAAGUCUGGAUCAUUUAUCACUCAUGAAAUGCUGGCACAUAAUACACACCGGUAUUAUGUUUAAUACUGAUGCAAAUGUAUGUAAGCUUUAAGCUUUUAAUGUAGAUAAAUGGUAAUGCUACUAGCAGCAGAAUUAAUGUGUGAUGAAUUGUAGUCCUUAUAUUAGGGGUAAUGGUAUACUCUUGAUAGGAUGGCAUUGCCUCUGAGUGUCGGUGUGUAUGUAUUUCUAUUAACAUUUUUGUUAGUGUCACAACUGGGGAAAGUGUACCCUAUGAUGUCAAAAUAUUUUGGGAUGGUUGGAAGAUGACAUAAGUUAAGCUUGACUUUGGGCCUGCUGCCUUUCAAAGUAAAAAGUCUUCAUCCUAAUCAUCGAGGGUCUGAAGCCAGACGGCAGAACGCAUUACAGGAUCUUGUGUGCCAGGUUUUUUUUUUUUUGGAUGGUUUGACACACUGAGAAAAAAACACAAGUCUGACAUAUGGCGUUGGACAAAAAAAACAAAAAUGCUCAAAAAGUGCUACUCUGCUUCCAUUUGUUGAGCUGAGCAUUUGACUUAUCAAAGCAGCGAAAGCACAGAUUCAAUUACUAUGAAUAAUAAGUUAAUAUUCCAUGCAGGUGUUUCAUGGAACCAGCGGGCACCUGUCAAAAAGACACAGCCAAUGUUAUUGGUUAAGCCUGCGUUUGACACGUCAAAAUAUUGCUAAUAAUGCUGAAUAAAAACAUGAGUGAAGGACCAGUUCAGUCCAUUUUAAACAAGCCGACACCUAAAUAUUCCCAUAUGCCAAGACGUUAAUAAUCAGCCAUGUAUUUCAGGAAAAGAAACAUUCAUCAGCAUCAUCAGUUAUUUAGAUGUGAAACUAUUCGAUGGCAUACAGUAUCCAGAUCAGAUUGUGAUUUUUUUCUGGUUUCCACACUGUUUGUCCACAGCAUGGACGUAUUCCUUUGAUCUCAGUGAACAACACUUAAAGCCUUAAACUAUGUCAUAACUACUACGCACCAUGUUUACAGUUGGAUCCUUGUAUAGGUAUACAUGCCCUCACAGGGCUCCUCACAGAUACUCAUUAUGCAAUAUGGCACUUUUUUCAUACAGGUGUAUUUGGCUGAAUAGUGUGAUGGCUUGCACUGUUGCUAUGGUUCUACGAGCAAGCACUGUGGACCUAAUGUGUUUGUAAAACCGCCUUUUUGUCCAAGUGCUUAAGAAAGCGUGAUACAAUAAGUUGGUGGGUUUUUUUGGUUGUUUUUUUGGUUUUUCCUAGUGUGGCGUAGUCAUUCAGACCAACUCUUCUAAUGGAAUGUGUAUAUUUUAGAUUUUUCUAUAUAGAUCAUUCAAAUUUGUCUCCUCCGCUUUCAGACGUCUUCCUCAUUUAUGUGUCAAAACUGUCUUCACCUUUUCCCUGUUGGAUCUCAUGUUCAUGGGAGUUGUUCUCUUUGGGGGGGGGUUCGUACACAUUUCUUUCUCAGAAGUCUGAUCUGUUGCUGCUGGCAGCAACCACAAAUCUAUGGACUGUUUGACUAAGGAACACACAAUAUACUUGUCUUUCAGAUCUUCAAAUGCAAAUAUUGCCCCCCAUCUCUUUUAAAAGAUGAGGGUCUCCACACGGACUGUCCUGUUCUCAAAGCUAUAACAUCACAAUAACAUACCUCACUGAUUCUUUUUUUUUCUGUCGGUGUCUGUAUGAAAUCCAUCCAAACGGUCACUCAGAAGUCCUGAAUAGCCAUCGCAGCUUGGGUUUCAUAAAUGAGUUGGUCAUGCUGUGUGCCCUAACUCCUACCUUGUCUUUAUAUGCAACAUCACUACUACCUGUAUAGCAGCAGAAUUGCAUUUCUCUUGCCUCGAUGGACUUCUGUUGUUAAUAGUCAGUAGCAAAUGAAUCUCUGGGAUAAAUCAGUCCCCCGUCAUUAAAACCCAGCAGCAGUCUUAGUUCAGCAGGAAUGCCUCGGGCGGAGGUGUUCAAAUGUCACGAAUAAACAUCUGUAAGCUGUCACUUCAUGGCAGAGCUCAGUCCAAAACUUGUGUUCAUAUCACUGAAUGUGGCUUGAUGACAGACGAGCGUUGUCCACUUUGGAUUUGAUUUUUGCUGCCUUGCUGAGAACAAAGAUGAUUUUUCGGAAAUUUUCGCUUGUCACCACACUAAUUCAGAUAUGCACAUUGUACAAGGAUGGAUGUUUUUUUAAAUUGAUGCCUAAUUUUUACAUAGAUGUAAUUUUUAAAACUCCUCUUGUCAAAGCUUUAGUUGAGGUAGAGGAGGAACUGUGGAACUAAAUAACUGCUGCAAAAAUCAUUUUGAUAUUUAUAUUCUCAGGUGUCUUAAAUUUUGAGCAUUGGGGUUUCAAUAUUUCCUGUGCAACACCUAAGUACAAGCAUGUUUUACUUCCUUUGUUGUGCUGAUUAAUUUAUUCCAAAAAAUUGUGUGGUUUUAAAUAUUCUUUUCAUUACUCAUUUUGUGAUAUGGAACAGUGCUAAAAUAUAAAAUGGUUCCAUUGUUUGCUUGACAUGAAAAUACCUGUGCUUUUUUUAAGAAUUAAAACAUUUAAGUUGA